AUGGCACUAGCAGAACCCGAUUUGCCACAAGUUCUGAAUCCUCUGAAAUCUAUACAGAAAUUAUUCGAGUAUUUCCUGAGCUUGGUUGGUCCACUGAUAAAGAAGCGAGAAAUGUACACUGCUCUUUCACUCACUCAGAGGCUUGCUAUGACAUUGAGAUUCUUGGCAGCAGGAGACAGUCAGUAUACUCUGAGCUUUUUCUAUCGAUGUGGCCAGAGCAUUCGGUCAGGAUCUGAAAGACAGUGCUCUGGCCAUAUCACCCUUAGCAAUGGUCAGCCUCUGAGAUCUUUGCUCAGGGGAAGGCUGAUGUGCGCUUGGAUCAACAAUGUCAGACUCUAUGGUCGCAGGGCCGGCAACAGCUCCUAUCAUCGCCGCGCCGUCCCUAUCGCCCUCAUCGAUGCCAACCGCGUUUCGCGAUUGCAGCUCUUGGCAGAAGACUCUAACCAUCUCGCGAUAAGCCUCUUGUCGACGCUUACCCUUGAUAGCUUCGAGACUCCUAUGGGGGAACUCCAUAUUCUUCAUGAAUCAUCAUCUGCAGGACUCCUUAUCCUGCAGAUGAUGAUUCAUGAAGAUAAUUCCCCCCCGGCUAAGGUGGCUGAAGCCUCAGCGCGAGCCAUGAGCCUGACCUCCUACACUGACCAACGUGCUUUUACGCGCUCGACAUCCACCGCGCUGUUGGCCACCACUGGGUGGACCUUAGUAACAUCCAAACUUAGACCACGCAUGGUCUGGAACUCCCUUGGACAAAACUCACAGCCAUAUGGUUCUGUCCCUUCUGUGAUUUCGGACAUGGCUCUACUCCUAAAAUAUUUAACAGUCGCGUCGAAGCACGACCAACGAAAUAACGUUGUCAGUUAUUGGUGUCGCCUGUAUGCUCUUCAAACUGGAUUGAAAUUGUCCAUUAAGACAUCGGCGGAGACUAAUUUUUUAUUAAAGUUGAUGGACUGGUUGGAAGCAACGAAGAAAGAACUGCAUGACAACGAAGCUAUUACUAACGAUGUGGCCGCUCAAGCGCAUUUAAAAAAUUGGGCCCUGAAGCUCUUUUUAUAUGCCGAUAAGAACGAUAGGGCUGCAAAUUUUUUCAAGAAUGUACUACAGAGCUUUUAUACCGCUCAGAUAUUGUACGAUGUGUUGCCGCUGUUUGGAGAAUUGAGCGUGGAAGUGGCACAAAAUUGGAAGUACGCUCAAUGGAAAGCAGUUUAUCUCAACAAUUGUUUCACAAAUAGAGAAACUCCGGUGCCAGGGCCAAUGAAAGAAGCAGAUGAUGAAAAUUUGUCAAAUUCUAAUGAACAUUUUUUUUUUGAAUCAAGUGUAAAUCCUGGAAGUCCUAAGGAUAAUACUUUGCUAGACAUUCCGCCUGCUCCUGUAAAUUCGCCAACUACAAGAACGCAGUUGUUUGAAUCAGAAGAUGAUAAGUAUAAAACAGAAAAUAAGUCCUGUGGUGCCAAGUUGACGGUUGAACAAAUUAGCAAGGUUCAAAAAAUGAUCAAAUGAGCAAGCAGUGCAUUGGAUUAUGAUGAUGUAGCUACUUCUGUAAUGAAUCUUCGGAAAGCUCUGCAUCUUUUAACUACUGGUCAGGAAUCCGCAUAGAUGAAAUGGA